GAUAGCCGAACUUGACGUUCCGUGAAUGUUCUGUAGACGUGGUACACAGUUAGCCGCUUUAUAUUAGCCAGCUAACGGCGAAUAGGCAACAAGCUUAAUCUACAUCAGCGCUCUAAUGAUUAUUUUAGCCUUUUAAAGAUUGACAAACCUGCAAAAAGAUUUAUUUAAGCCUGCAAAUAUGUUGGACUUUGCUAUAUUUGCUGUGACAUUUGUCGUUAUUUUGGUUGGCGCUGUGCUGUAUUUAUAUCCGUCAUCAAGACGAGCUUCUGGUGUUCCUGGCUUGAACCCUACUGAAGAGAAGGAUGGUAACCUGCAAGACAUCGUAAACAAGGGAAGCCUGCACGAGUUUCUGGUUGGGCUUCAUGAUCGGUUCGGUCCUGUGGCAUCUUUCUGGUUCGGACGGAGACCUGUAGUGAGUCUCGGCUCUGUGGAUGAACUGAGGCAGCACGUCAACCCCAACUGGACCACGGAUUCCUUUGAGACGAUGCUCAAGUCCUUGCUGGGUUACCAGUCAGGAGCGGGCGUGGGAGGCACCGAGGCGCUGUUAAGGAAGAAAGUGUAUGAAGGAACCAUAAACAAAACACUGGAGAAUAACUUCCCUCUUCUGCUCAAACUGGUUGAGGAGUUGGUUGAAAAGUGGCAGUCGUAUCCCAAAUCCCAGCACACGCCCAUCUGCGCUCACCUGCUCGGGCUGGCCAUGAAGAUCGUCACCCAGCUCGCCAUGGGCAGCCGCUUCGCCCAAGACGCCGAAGUCAUCCGCUUCCGCAAGAACCACGAGGCCAUCUGGUCAGAGAUUGGGAAAGGAUACCUGGACGGUUCUAUGGAGAAGAGCUCCAGCAGGAAGGCGCACUAUGAGAGCGCAUUGUCCGAGAUGGAGUCCAUGCUGAAGUCUGUUAUAAAAGAGAGAAGUGGGCGUGGCGCGAGUCCCUCAGCUUUCAUGGACUUCCUGCUGCAAGCCAAACUGUCAGAGAGACAGGUCAUGGAAGAGAGCAUGGUGUUCACCCUCGCUGGCUCAGUCAUCACUGCAAAUCUGUGCAUCUGGGCAGUUCACUUCCUGUCCCUGUCAGAGGCAGUGCAGGAUAAACUGAAUGAGGAGUUAGUAGAGGUGCUGGGUGAUGAGCCGGUGUCUCUGGACAAGAUUCCACAGCUCAGGUACUGUCAGCAGGUCCUGAACGAGACGGUGCGCACGGCCAAACUCACCCCCAUCGCAGCCAGACUGCAGGAGGUGGAAGGGAAGGUGGACGAACAUGUUAUUCCUAAAGAGACUUUGGUCAUCUACGCUCUCGGUGUUGUCCUACAAGAUGCAGACACUUGGACAUUACCAUACAGGUUCGAUCCAGAUCGAUUUACAGAUGAAGCGGUGAUGAAGAGCUUCUCACUGUUGGGCUUUUCAGGAAAUCAGGCCUGCCCUGAACUCAGGGUUGCGUACACGGUGGCGACGGUGCUGCUGAGCUCGCUGGUGCGCAGGCUGCGGCUACACCACCUCGAGGGCCAGGUGGUGGAGUCCAGGUACGAGCUUGUGACCACGCCGAAAGACGACACCUGGAUCACAGUGAGCAAGAGGAACUGAUUCGGCAGUUUCCCGCAUAUCUCAUUCAACCGUAAAGGACACUGUGAAGAGAUCGGUUUUCCAGGACAUCAGACGUAAUGCCGUGUCCAUAGUCGUCGGACAUGACCACUGGACAAGAACGAUUCCUAAUGCCUUCAGUGUUAUAAAGUUCUAAUGUGUCAUUUCAAUGAAUCAUUUAAUAACCCAUUCUUUUUUUUUAGAUCGAUAACUUUUCUCAGUUUCUUUCCACUGAUGAAAAAUAUCUCGAUUGCUGUUAUUAAAUAUGACAAUUUGUUGAACAAUUCUGCAUUUGUACAUUCUGUACUUGUACAUAGUUGGGUGCAAAAAUUUACACACCCUUUGGACCAAAUGAAGAAGGCAGAUGUUUCUUUAUCACAUUUGUAAUUUUAAGAUAUUGAAAUGUGAGAUGGAAAUAAACUGACAUUAUAGUGACAUUA